GUCAGUGACCUGCAAUGAUCUGAACUUCUGUCCCCACAGCCCCCGCUCUGCAGUCUCUCUCCUCUCUGCCCCAGAGCAGGAACCUGUUCCCUCGGAAUCAAAGGACCCCCCCAAACCCCGGGGCAAGAAUGGCAGGGAUGAAGCAUCUUAUUCUCUUGCUGUCUAUUUCAGCCAUUGGUCGGGUUUCUCUACCCCACCCUCAGCAAGGAGGUAAUCUGGCCCGACGAGGAGAAGCCACACAAAGCUCUUAUUGGUAUUUCAUGCAUGCCGGAUUAGCCAUUGAUGGUUUAAAUUACACGGAUUAUAAUCUAAACUCCUGUGCCCACACCGAUCGCCAAGACCAUCCUUGGUGGCGCCUGGAUCUAAAGACAAGGUACAGGGUUGGGACGGUGGUCAUCGUGAACAGGAGGGACUGUUGCAGCCACCGCCUGCUGGGAGCCGAAGUUCGUGUUGGAGGUUCAUCACAUAUUUACAACCCAGUAUGCGGCACCGUUACUGACGUCUCCAAAGCCACCAUCACUCUGUGCUGUAAUGGGAUGGAGGGUCGCUAUGUGAGUGUGGUGAUUCCCAAGGGCUCAGUGUAUCUCUCACUCUGUGAAGUGGAGGUUUAUGGGUACAAACCUAACUAUCGGAAAGUUAAUGUGGCAGGACUGGGAGAAGCCACGCAAAGCUCUGAUUGGGUAGACAGGGGCGCUAGAUUAGCCAUUGAUGGCUCUAAAGACACAAAUUACUUCCACGGCUCAUGUUCCCACACUGAGAACAACAACCCGGCCUGGUGGCGGCUGGACCUGAAGGAGAACUACAAGGUUGGGUCUGUGAUUAUUGUCAACCGGAUGGAUGCGCACAGCGACCGCCUGUUGGGAGCAGAGAUUCGUAUUGGAAAUGCAAAAGCCAAUAACAACAGCCUAUGUGGCACAGUCACCGACAUCUCCCAGGCCUCCAUCACUGUGUCCUGUAAGGGAAUUAUGGGUCGUUACAUCUCUGUGGUCAUUCCAGGGCGAGAAGAAUAUCUCACACUGUGUGAGGUGGAAGUUUAUGUGGAGCAGAAAGUGAAUCUGGCGAGACUAGGAGCAGCCACACAAAGCUCUGAUUGGUUGUCACAUGGUGCUCAUUUGGCCACUGAUGGUGUGAAACUCACAGAUCACUACGAAGGCUCAUGUUCCCACACCACAAAUGACAAUCCGGCAUGGUGGCGCCUGGACCUGAAGGUGAGAUACAAGGUGGAGACAGUGGUCAUAGUGAACAGGAUGGACGGACACAGCGACCGCCUGUUUGGGGCUGAGAUUCGCAUUGGAGAUUCUGCGGAUAAUAACAACCCGGUAUGUGGCACCAUCAAUGACAUCUUACAAGCCACCACCACGUUGUGCUGCAAUGGGAUGGAGGGUCGCUAUGUGAGUGUGGUCAUUCCCGGGCGUGAGGAAUAUCUCUCCCUCUGUGAAGUGGAGGUUUUUGGGGAGGAAUAUGCAGAUAAGAAAGGAGGAACGACUGUUGAUGAUACUGAAUUGACUCAUCUCUUUAUCCACCCCUGUGCCCACGCUAAUACUGACAAUCUGACUUGGUGGCAACUGGACCUUAGGAAGAGGCACUUGGUCCAAAAAAUGGUUAUAACCUACAGGAUAGAGGAUCACAGCAAAAGUCUGUUGGGUGUUGAGAUCCGUGUUGGAGAUUCAGCGGAUAAAAACAACCCUGUAUGCGGAACCAUCACCGAAAUCUCAGACACCAGCAUCACCGUGUUCUGUGGGGGAAGGGCUGGUUAUUAUGUCAAUGUGGUUAUCCCCCGUUCCUUGGAGAACCUCCAGCUCAGUGAAGUGAGGGUCUAUGGGGAGAAAAGCAACGAUCAGAAAGGAAUCAAUAUUGCCAGACAAGGGGAGGCCAAGCAAAGCUCUAAGUAUUCUGGGUACCCUGCCGAGAGACCUACUGAUGGCAAAACAGACACUGAUCUUUCCCUUCGCCCCUGUGCCCAAACCAAUCUUGACAAUCCGGCUUGGUGGCGACUGGAUCUGAAGGCGAGGUAUGAAGUAGAGUUUGUGGUCAUAAGGAACCGGAUGGCUAAACACAGGGAGCGCCUGUCGGGAGCCCAGAUCCUUGUUGGAGAUUCAGCCGAUAAUAAUAACCCAGUAUGUGCCACCAUCACUGUCCCACAGGACGUCAUCACUCUGCGCUGUAAUGGGAUGGAGGGUCGCUAUGUGAGUGUGGUGAUUCCCGGCCGCAGGGAAUAUCUCACUCUCUGUGAAGUGGAGGUUUAUGGGGAGAAGCUUCCCGAUCCCACAGGAGUAAAUCUGGCAAAGUCAGGAGAAGCCGAUCAAAGCUCCACGUUCAGUGGCAGAAAUAAAGCCCAAGCAGCCACUGAUGGCAUUAAACUGUCCGAGGACUUCAUUCACCCCUGUGCCGGUACCAACAUGGACCAUCCAGCUUGGUGGCGCCUGGACCUGAAGAAGAGAUACCGUGUCCGAACGGUGAUUAUAGUGACCAGGAGGGAUCUAUUCAGUGAGAGACUGUUGGGAGCCGAGAUCCGCGUUGGGGAUUCCCCAGAUAAUAACAACCCAGUGUGUGGGACCGUCACUAAAGGCACCAAAGCCAUUAUCACUCUGUGCUGUGAGGGGAUGGAGGGCCGCUAUGUGAGUGUGGUGAUUCCCGGGAGGGCAGAAAAUCUCCAGCUCUGUGAAGUGGAGGUUUAUGGGGAGGAAUCUACUGGUUAUAAAGAAAAUCUGGCAAGAUCCGGAGAUGUCAGGCAGAGCUCUAUGUAUAGAGCAGAGCACAGAGCUCAGGAGACAAACUCACUCAUCCACCCAUGCACCCAGACUGACUAUGACAACCCGGCUUGGUGGCAGCUGGACCUGAAGAAGAGAUACAAUGUCCAGACAGUGGCCAUUGUGACCCAGUUGGAUGAACACAGCGAGCGCCUGUUGGGAGCCCAGAUCCGUAUUGGAGAUUCAGAGGAUAAUAACAACCCAGUAUGCGGCACCAUCACCGAUGUCUCCCAAACCAACAUCACUCUCUCCUGUAAUGGGACGGAGGGUCGCUAUGUGAGUGUGGUGAUUCCUGGGAGAGAAGAAUAUCUCCAGCUCUGUGAAGUGGAAGUUUAUGGGGAGGAAUCUAUAAAUCAGGAAGGAAUAAACUUGGCCAGAUCAGGGGAAGUCCGGCAGAGCUCCACGAGAGGCCCUCAGUACGGGGCAGAAAGAGCCAUCGAUGGCUGCACAAACAGCUGCACCCAGACGAAUAAGGAGAGUCCCGCUUGGUGGGGGCUGGACCUGAUGGGAACCUACAGGAUUGGGGCCGUACUCAUAGUGAGCAGGGGCAAUAAGCUGUUGGGAGCUGAGAUACGGGUUGGAGCUUCAUUACACAAAGACAACCCAAAAUGCGCCACCAUCACUGAGGUCUUCCAAGAUGCCACCACUGUCUAUUGUUAUGGGAUGGAGGGGCGUUAUGUCACUGUGCUCAUUCCGGGGCGCUCGCAAUCUCUCUCCCUGUGUGAAGUGGAGGUCUAUGGGCACCAGCCUUACACCGCUCCCAAUCUGGCGAGGUCAGGAAACGCCAAACAAAGCUCAGACUACAGACCUGAAUACAAUGCGGAGACAGUUAUCGAUGGUGUUAAAGACACAGUUACUUUUUUCAACCCGUGCUCUCACACCCAAUACGACAGCCCAGCUUGGUGGCAGUUGGACCUGGGGAAGAGGUACAAGAUGGAGACAGUGGUCAUAGUCAAUAGGGGAGACUGUUGCAGCGAGCGCCUGCUUGGAGCCGAGAUCCGAGUCGGAGAUUCAGAAGAGAAUAACAACCCCGUGUGUGGUACAGUCACGGACGUCUCCCAACUCACCAUCACUCUGUGCUGUAAUGGGAUGGAGGGUCGCUAUGUGAGUGUGGUGAUUCCUGGGCGGGAGGAAUUUCUCAGUCUUUGUGAAGUGGAGGUUUAUGGGGAGGAAGCUACAACCCAGAGAGCAUCUGUUUCUAACAUUGCAAUGGCCCAUCUGUUUAUUCACCCCUGUGCCCACACCAAUAAUUACAACUUGACUUGGUGGCGGCUGGACCUGAAGAAAAGAUACAAGGUCCAAAAAGUGGUCAUAGUGCACAGGCUGGAUGAACACAAAGAGCACCUGUUAGGAUCUGAGAUUCGUGUUGGAGAUUCAGUGGAUAUUAACAACCCAGUGUGCGGCACCAUCACCGAAGUCUCCACCGGCUCCAUCACUGUGCCCUGCGAGGGAAUGGCGGGUUAUUAUGUCACUGUGCUCAUCCGCCAUUCCGCAGAGUAUCUCCAGCUCAGCGAGGUAGAAGUCUAUGGGGAGGAGUCAGCUGAUUAUAAAGGAGUCAACUUGGCGAGACAAGGAGAAGUGGUGCAGAGUUCAACUUUCCUUUCAUCACAUGUUGCUGAGACGGCUAUUGACGGUAUAAAGCUCACAUAUCUGUCCAUUUACCCCUGUGCCCAUACCAGCGAUGACAAGCCACCUUGGUGGCGGUUGGAUCUGAAGUCCAGGUUUGCGGUUGAGUACGUGUUCCUAGUGUACCGGAUGGACGAUACAAGGGAGCGCCUGUUGGGAGCCGAAAUUCGCAUUGGAGAUUCAGCAGAUAAUAAGAACCCAGUAUGCGCCACCAUCACUGACGUUUCUAUAGGCACCGUCACCCUGCGCUGUAACGGGAUGGAGGGUCGCUAUGUGAGUGUGGUGAUUCCCGGGCGCAGGGAAUAUCUCACCCUCUGUGAAGUGGAGGUCUAUGGGGAGAAGAUUCCCGACCCCACAGGAGUUAAUCUGGCGAGACUUGGGGAAGCUUGGCAAAGCUCCACUUUCGACUCAUACCCUGCCGAGGCAGCCACUGACGGCAUCAAAGUGACCGAUCUCUUCACUCACCCCUGUACCCACACGAACAGCGAUAGCCCGGCCUGGUGGCGACUGGACCUGAAGAAGAGGUACAAAGUCCAGACAGUGAUCAUAGUGAACAGAGGGGACUGCUGCUGGGAACGUCUCUUGGGAGCCGAGAUUCGUAUUGGAAAUUACGCAGAUGAUAACAACCCAGUGUGUGGGACCGUCACUGAAGGCACCAAAGCCAUUAUCACUCUGUGCUGUGAGGGGAUGGAGGGUCGCUAUGUGAGUGUGGUUAUUCCCAGGAGGGCAGCAGUUCUCCAGCUCUGUGAAGUGGAGGUUUAUGGGGAGGAAUCUACUGGUUAUAAAGAUAAUCUGGCACAGUCAGGGGAGGUCAGUCAGAGCUCCACCUACAGGCCGGAGUGCGGCGCUGCUGCCGCUGUUGAUGGUGUUAAAGGAACAAACCCCCACACCCCCCCCUGUACCCACACUCAGUGUGACCCUCCGGCUUGGUGGCGGCUGGACCUGAAAAAGAGAUACAACGUUCAGACAGUGAUAGUGACCCGGAUGGAACAGAGCGAGCGUCUGAGAGGAGCAGAAAUUCGUGUUGGAGAUUUUGAAAAUAAUAACAACCCUGUAUGCGGCACCAUCACCGAUGUCUCCCAAACCAACAUCACCCUGUCCUGUAAUGGGACGGAGGGUCGCUAUGUGAGUGUGGUGAUUCCUGGGAGAGAAGAAUAUCUCCAGCUCUGUGAAGUGGAGGUUUAUGGGGAGGAAUCUAUAAAUCAGGAAGGAAUAAACUUGGCCAGAUCAGGGGAAGUCCGGCAGAGCUCCACGAGAGGCCGUCAGUACGGGGCAGAAAGAGCCAUCGAUGGCAAUAAAGACACAAACAGCUGCACCCAGACGAAUGAGGAGAGUCCGGCUUGGUGGCGGCUGGACCUGAUGGGAACCUACAGGAUUGGGGCCGUACUCAUAGUGGGAGCGGGGGAGCGACUAUUGGGAGCUGAGAUACAGGUUGGAGAUUUAUUGACAAACAACCCACCAUGCGCCACCAUCACUGAGGUCUUCCAAGAUGCCACCACUGUCUAUUGUUAUGGGAUGGAGGGGCGUUAUGUCACUGUGCUCAUUCCGGGGCGCUCGCAAUCUCUCUCCCUGUGUGAAGUGGAGGUCUAUGGGCACCGGCCUUACACCGGCCAAUGAAAUCCAUCCUGUUUGUCACUGUAUCACUGUAUGUACUAAUAAACCAAUUACACAAGUUGUUAGACAAAGAACUGGCUUCUGUCACAAUAAACAAACCCUGGUUUACUGA